AUGCUGAGGGGAAACAAGAGCCAUGUAACUGAAUUCCUCCUUCUGGGACUGACCAGUGACCCCAAACAGCAGAUGUGGCUCUUUGCCAGCUUCCUGGCCAUGUACCUGAUCAAUGUGGCUGGAAACUCAGUCAUCAUUGCAGCCAUCUUGGGAGAUGCCCGUCUCCAUACUCCCAUGUACUUUUUCCUCUCCAACCUGUCUCUGGUGGACAUCUGCUUUACAACUGUUAUUGUUCCACAAAUGUUAGUGAAUGUGCUGACUCAGAGAAAGACCGUCCUCUUUGCCCAUUGCCUCACGCAGAUGUAUUUCUUUGUAGCCUUCGGGAUCACUGAUAGCUUCCUCUUGGCUGCCAUGGCCAUUGACCGCUACAUGGCCAUCUGUAACCCACUGCGUUACACCACGACCAUGAGCCCCAGGCGCUGUCUCCUACUGGUGAUAGCAUCCUGGGUGCUGUCUCACCUCCACUCGCUCACCCACAUGAUUCUCAUGGCCUGCCUCUCCUUCUGUGGGCCCAACGUCAUCCACCACUUCUUUUGUGAUGUCCAGCCGCUGCUAACCCUCUCCUGCUCUGACACCUCUGUCAAUGAGCUCUUGGCCUUCACUGAGGGCUCCUUUGUGAUCAUGACUCCCUUUAUCCUCAUCAUUGUCUCUUAUGUCUACAUCACCCGCGCUGUUCUGAGGGUCCCUUCAGGGGGAGGCAGGUACAAAGUCUUCUCCACCUGUGGAUCCCACCUCACAGUUGUGGCACUAUUCUAUGGGACCAUAAUGUCUGUGUACAUUCGCCCCUCAUCCACCUACUCAGCAACAAAGAAUCGUGUGGUCACUGUCAUCUAUACAGUAAUUACCCCCAUGCUGAACCCUUUUAUCUAUAGCCUUAGGAACAAGGACAUGAAGCUGGCCUUGAAAAAGCUGAUGAGGAAGGCAGAAUAG